ACCUGUCCUUUGUUCCCUCAGGUGUUUCCUGGAAGUCACGAGGUAGACAAGCCGGUACAGGUGGAUCCACGUGGCAGCUGGAUGUCCUUCGUCAAACAUUCCAACAACGGGAACAAAAACAACGGCAGGAAAAAGCGGAAAGAGCAGGAAAAAUCCCUGGGCUUACUGUCCGAUCCGCCCACAACCAACCCCGGCGCGCGGAAAGGGGCGGCUAGAAAGCACGGCCCGCCCGGCCCACAAGGCCCCCCGGGUCCCCGGGGCCCAGCUGGCCCGCCCGGUGCCGUCAUCACCAAGGACGAAAUGUUCCGGGAAUUCAAGGAAAUGGUCAGAGAGGCUGCCGAGAGAAGAGCGCUCAGGUUGCUACAAGAGAAGUGCCCUAAGUGCCUGAACGUGUCCCAGCACCUCGGCAUCUGGCCGUACUGGGACGACACGAACUCCCCGCCGAAGCUUCACGACGCCUUCCACUGCAGGCUUCGGGGAAACGUCGUCAUUCCUCGGAAAACGCUCAUGGAGCUCAAGAACUUCCAGACGCCGUUCGGCGGCGGCGCGUUUGUGCGGGGGACGGGGCUGAACCUGCGGGAGGGCCGCUUCACGGCGCACCGGCCCGGCGUCUACCACUUCUCGGCAACCCUGCACAUCGGCCACCCGCGGCAGAAACGCCUCAGACCGCGGGACAGCGUCAGGGCGCUCAUCUGUAUCAACUCGCUCUGUCAGAGACACACGUCGUUAGAGGUCGUGACAGGCAUAGAGAGCAACAGUCGAGUGUUCACCAUCUCAGUCAGCGGCAUGUUGGAGCUACAGAGCGGCCAGUACACCUCCAUCUUCAUGGACAACAGCUCCAAGAAACCAAUCACGGUCCAGAGCGGGUCCGACUUCACAGCGAACUUCGUCGGACAGUAGGCUGUCGUCAUCAGCCUGUCCUGCUUACAAGCAUACCUUCCUUACGAACCUGCCUUCUCUAGAAGUUAACAACAGAGAACUUACAGGGCUAUUUAUAGACCAAGUGGUGCUGCAAGUCAGUGUUGGGUGAAGCUUUCCCAAAAGCAUGAAACCUUCGAUGGAUUUUAGCAAAAAUUACUCUAAUUUGACUCUGUGGUUCUGAGAUCAUAAAAUUAUGCUUGAGGAUAGCGCAGGGAAGGACAGGGUUGGCGACAUACACGUAUUACACGUUGUGGAUGUCUUUCAGUCUAUUCGAGCUGGAUUAUACAGAUUUGUUAGAAAUAACACAUAUUAUUUCGUACGUGGCGCUUGAUACAUGUACGUUCGGCUGCGUAUACAGUCUAUCGUUUGUCAGAUAUGUUUGUAUUGAGUACAUAUACGCUUAUUCGAUGUAUAUACCUUUAUAAGGAAUAUUGUAUUAAAAUGAGAAGUCAAGAGUUAGAAUUGACCUUGAUAGUUAAAAGGUCAUACCAAUGCCCCACAAUACACUGGGGUAAAUAAACGUAUUGUGGUAUGUUAAUUUUAUCAUACAUUUAUUUUACGACUUAAGAAAAUAACACCAUAUAACUUAACAAACCUCUCAGAUCAGUUACUGUCUUUUGAUGAAGAUUAUAGCUGUUUUAAAUAAAGUUUGGGUAAGAUUACAUGAUAUUUCUCGAACGAUAUUUGUUUAUCAUUCAGAUGUUUAUUUUCGUAUGGAUACGUUUUAUUUCACCUCCGGAAAAUGAUAAUAGAAAUAUAGAAAAUAUCAUGUCCGUCUCUUUAACCAUUUGUGAUAUUACUACGGCUCGCGCUGGUAUAUAGAAAUAAAUACGCUACAUGUGA